GAAAUCCCCCGUCACUGUGAAGAAGGAGGAGGAGAAGAAACCCCACAUUAAGAAGCCUCUCAACGCCUUCAUGUUGUACAUGAAGGAGAUGAGGGCCAAGGUGGUGGCCGAGUGCACGCUGAAGGAGAGCGCGGCCAUCAACCAGAUCCUGGGCAGACGGUGGCACUCGCUGUCGAGGGAGGAGCAGGCGAAAUACUACGAGCUGGCGCGGAAGGAGCGGCAGCUGCACUCGCAGCUCUACCCGACGUGGUCAGCGCGGGACAACUAC